AUGGCCAGUGAGAUCGAAGGAGAGGGCGGAAAGAAGCGUACGAGCCCCACGAAAGGAACGGAGAAGGGGCGACAAGGCUCGAAGAGGAAGAAUAACCCGUCGUCUGAAGAUGAUGCCAGCGACAAUGGCAAGAGCUCGAAGCAGGUCAAGAAGAGAGCGAAGGUGCAGCAUCCGGCCAAGGAGACAGCGGGGUCGUCGAGCAAUAAGCCGGCUGAUGACGAGGAGUCCGUCAAAUCCGUGGUUGUAAUGUCACCUCGACACCAAAAGCGUGCAGGAAGUGCUCCGAGGGAGGAGACCGAGCUUACAGCUCGGCUCGGUGCGGGUGCGAAGGGUGCAAGGCCAACGCGGCGUGUGGCGCACAGCUCCGAAGAUGACGACGGUGUUGACAUGGAAGGUGUGGACAAGGAAGGAGCUGAACGGAGCGACCAAUCCGACGGAGGCUCAACCGUGCCCCAGAGGCGCAAGCAGAGGACGGCCAAGGAGCGCGACACCAAAGGCACGCGCAAAACCAAGGCAACGGCGCUGCACAAGGAAACACUGGUGGUGGAGGAGGAAUCUGACGAGGAUGACUCGUUCGUACCAGAGGGUAGCCACAGCGAGCCUGAGGACAGUGAUGGCGAGGAGCUGGAGGCUGAGGACAACGACGACAUCAUUGUGAAGUCCGAGCCGGAGGAGAAGAAGGUGAAGGCGAAGGGCAAGGCGAAGGGCAAGGCGAACAAGACGAAGGGCAAGGGGAAGGCCAAAGCGGCUGGAAAGGCUGGAGCCAACAAGGAUGCCCCUGGGGACGACGAUGAUCCCCUUGCUGAGCCCAUGAUCAAGGCGUUGCUGCAGCGGGCUGUGCAAGAGUUCCGCCUUCACCUUGCGCUGGAGAACGCGUGGCCCCGCAACAAGGGAGGCCGCAUCAAGAAGGACGAGGUCCCCGCUGAUAUCAUCAUGGCCAUCAAGAAGAAGUACAAGGUGUUCAGAAUGCCCGACUUCAAGGAGAUGUUCGACGCUCGGUGGGACAACCAAGAUGUUCAGGACGACAUGACUGGCUACGUCUACAGGAUUGCUUCUCAGUUUUGUCAAGAGGUGAAGCAGAAGGCAAAGAGAGCAGUGGAGAGGGCUUUCCUCAACUUCAAGGUGUCAGACUUGGGGCCCAACGGUGAGAGGCUGAACUCGGUUGGCCGCGCAGAGAAGUUGCACAGGGCAACGGAGGCCCGCGUGAAGUUCCUGCGCGAGAAGAACAUCUUCCACUACGGGGAUGUGGACAUGAGGGACCCGGACACUGAUCCCGGUGAAUGGACGUACGCAGAGCACAUGCCGUUCCACAACAACAUCAUUGGCGAUGUGAUUGCCCGCCAGUGGUGGCUGGGUCACAACCCCGAGGCAUUGCGCGCGAGGAACCGUGACCGCUUUGACCUUAGCAAGCCUCUGCCGAGCAACCUCAUAGCUCUGGCUUGCAGUGCGGUCAUGGUAGCGCUGGAUGAGAUUGCGAGGGGCGUCACCAUCAACUUCGACGCAAAGAGCUACGCGCCAGAGCACGAUAAGGUCCAGGCUCAGAUCGACAAGUACCAGAAGAUGGCGAGCCCCAAUCUUGCAGACAAGUACGAGGGUGCGGCGGCGUUUGUCAAGUCGAUGAACGACACGCUGGCCAUGAGCAUACGGGCCUCUGCGGGUUUGGGCGAUAGCAUUGGGGACGGCGGUGUUCAAGGCGCCGAAGAUGGAGACGAGGACAUGGAUGUCAACGUCGUUCUUGGGCCCUGGAAACAGAGACAGCAGGCUGCCGCCGCCGGGCCGUCAAACAAUGCUUGA